CUCACAGCGCUUCCUGUGUUUACAUGCUAUGAUUCAAGCGAAAUGGAAUUGAUAGCUUAGAAAAACACUGAAUGUAUGCUUCUAAAUGUUAUUUUCUCUUGUCACGCUCUGUUUUUAAGCUUCCCUGAAGAAUCUCGAUAUGGAGAACCGUUGUUACGGCUGUGCGUCAAAGUUCACUCUCUUCAGAAAAGAGUUGGGGUGUAGAAACUGUGGCCAUUCUUUCUGCUCUGGGUGUCUGACAUUCAAUGUUGUGGUGCCAAAAUUUGGAAACAGCCAGCAGAAAGUCUGCAAACAGUGUUAUGGAAACUUAACCAGUUCAGGUAAGCAGACUGAUGCUGGAAGAUGGUCCCCACCUGAAAACUACAAAAAGCGAGUUGCUGCUCUUGAAGCCAAACAAGCUCCGCAGAAUCAGCCUUCAAGACCUGCGGGAGGAAAAAACAGCUCUGUGAGUCUGAUUUCAACCAGAGGACUCAGUAAAGAGGACCAGAUCAUCGCAGAACGACUCAACAAGCUGAGAGAGGAAACCAAGCCAAUGUUAUCAGAGUCCAUCCCGUCAGAGAAGGAGCUGGAGUCUCGUCUCGCUGCUUUAAAAGCCCCGCUUCAGUCCGUGCCGUCUGCUAAAGACAUGGAGGAGCGUCUGGCCGCGCUGCAGGGACGACCCUCGCCCGCUCAAGCCCCACGGCCUGUUCAUCAGCCGCCCGACAGCAGGACUCAGACGGAGCAGACCAAUGACCUGAUCUCACAGAUGACGGAAGAAGUUGCUAUUGAUAACCAGCAGACGUCUUCAGAGGAUACAGAAAGACCAUUAAACGAUCUCAAUAAACAAGAACUCUGGGGUGUGAAUAAGAACGUGGAUGACGGCGAGCUGUCAAUCAAACAGCUGGAGGCGGAGAAGAGGCGUGUGCUUGAGGAGGCCAUGCAGGAGCUGAAGAAAGACAAACACAACCAGCAGCAGAUGCUGGAGAUGAACAAGAGACUGGCUCUCCUGCAGGGACGAGAUCCUGAGCAGGUCGGACUGUCAGAUUUCCAGCAUCCUGACAGUGACGAGGAGACGGAGGAAGAGGCCAUCAGCAGAGUGAUGAAGCAGUUAUCAGAGGAAGCAGCUCUAGAUGAAGCCAGCGGCUACAACAUCCCACCAGAGACCAGCGGCCGGAUGAACAGAGAGACGGACACGUCCAGCAGGAACACAGCGCUCUCAGCGCCGCGCUCGAAAUCAAAGCCAGCAGCUGCGGUCUCACAGAUCCGCCGCUUAGACGAUGGAGACCGUGAUGAGGAUGAUGAUGAUGAUGAAGAGCUGGCGUGGUGCUGCAUCUGUAAUCAGGACGCUGUCAUACGCUGCCACACGUGCGAGCGGGAUCUGUUCUGCGCUCGCUGCUUCAGAGAAGGCCACGACAAAUACGACAGAAAAGAGCAUCGCACUUCCUCUUACACAGCUCCUAAGAAAGACAAGAAGAACGCCUGAAGCCUCCACCAUCAUUUCACUUCAGAAAAUAAGAAAAGAAUCAUAAAAUCUCCUCAAUGUUUCUGCAAACACAGCGGCCUUAGACUCGAGAUGCUUCAAAGCUUUUGUUAAACUCUUGAGAAAUGAUUGCUUCGGUAAGAUCUUUGUGAAACGACUGUCUGUAAAUAAAUAUAAAACCUCAAUAAAACGCUGGAGAACUAG